AUGGAUUCUCAACCUCCGGCGACGGGCUCCACCGGCCGGAGUGCCGUUGAAGCCUCGCAACCUCAACCACCAAAACCAGCCCCUCCUCUCCCUCCACCUUCCACAUCAUCAACCCCUCCUAUCUCAGCCCCACCACAUACUUCCCCAAACCCUAACCCUAACCCUAGCCCAAACCCAACACAAGCCCCGAACCCCAAACCCGCCACUACCACGCCUCCCCAAUCUCGCCCUCCUCAAUCUUUCAACCGCUCUUUGCCUCCGUCGCAGCCGCAGUUCCCGCACUUCACUUCCGCUUCUCCGCCGCCCUCCGCUCCCGGCGGCCCCGCAGCGCCGAGAGGUGGCAUGGCAAUCGGUGUACCCGCGCACCACCAGAGCCCCUCCCCUCCGUUUUCGUCAUCCUUUGGUCAACACUUUGGUGGGCUGGGCCGAACCGGAGUCAGUGUUGCUGAAUCUACCUCCAAUUCAAGCACCUCUCAAGUGAGAACACCCGUGCAAGGAAUGGGGAUGUUAGGGUCUCAAAUGAGGCCUGGGGGAAUCGCUGCUCAUCAACAGAGGCCCGUGCAAUCGUCUCUUAGACCUCCUUCGUCUGCCCCGAAUAAUCAACCCGGUGGUUCACAAGGAUCCUUGAAUGCACUUCAGACUUCCAAAAUGGCAGGUUUCGGUUCUGCAUGGAGGAAGGGUGUUCUCCCUAGUUUACGGGUGAGCUUCCAAGGUCAUGGAAUUAUGAGACCCUCAUCAGUGGGUUCACCUGCGACUCCAUCUCAAGGUUCAUCACAAAGUGUGCAGUCACUUAAUCAGCCAUGGUUAUCAUCUGGGUCACAAGGGAAGCCUCCUUUGCCAUCCCCGGCUUAUAGACAGCAAUUGAACCCACAAUCCAUUCAGCAGAGAUCACAUAUUCCGCCACAGCAGCAAUCCACACCUUCAUCAUCCCAGCAACAACAGCAGCAACAACAACCGCCUUUGCUGUCUAAUCAAUCACAGGAGCAUUUUGGGCAACCCCCACCAUCCAGGGCUCCUCUUCACCUGCCUCACCAGCAGCAGGUUAUGAGACUACAGGGGCCUGGAAAUCAGAAACCUUCAUCCCUUGUGGCAGCACAAGCCAGUACAGUUCAACCAGGGAGUCAAAGUAGAUUGACAAAUGCAGAUACUGAUGAAUCUUGUAAUAGUAUUCUCAGCAAAAGAAGUAUCCAUGAGCUAGUCAAUCAGGUUUUGAGACCCAGAGAGGAGUUCAAAGCUUCUGUGUUGAAUUCUGCUCCAUUGAUCAUGUCAUGCCUUUUCACAACCAUCUCUGUUCCUACUUUCAAAGCUUCUGUGUUGAAUUCUGCCCCAUUGAUCAUGUCAUGCCUUUUCACAGCCAUCUCUGUUCCUGCCCUCAAAGCUUCUGACCUGAUAUUUUUGGUCUGGUUUGCCUUGGUAGAUCCAUUGGAGAAGCUGGAUCCUGAAGUUGCUGAUAUUCUUGUGGAUAUCGCAGAAAAUUUUCUGGAGUCUAUAAUCAGGUCUGGUUGUUCAUUGGCCAAGCAUAGGAAAUCAACUACUUUGGAAGCGAAGGACAUACUUCUCCAUCUUGAGAAAAAUUGGAACAUGUCACUUCCUGGAUUUGGCGGUGAUGAGAUUAAAAGCUACAGAAGACAGAUUACAAGUGAUAUUCACAAGGAGCGUCUAGCAGCUAUAAAGAAAUCCAUGGCAGCAACUGAGGCGGCACAUGCUAAAGGCUCUGCUGGCCAGGCAUCUGGUAGUGCCAAGGGUAGUGCACACCAGAUGAUUUUCCAUAACCUGAGCAAUGGUCAGAACUUAGAAACAUUGCAGAACCAGAUUAGGGGCGUCAAGGUUAAUGUGAAUCAUCCUGUAUCCAGAAACCGAAAAGAGAAAAGUAAAUGA